GCUCCCAAGCUAAAUAAAUGAAGGUUACGACAGAUAGAUUCGAUUGUAUUUCGAAGAAACCGAUUCUCCAGCUUCAUUAAAUGUAAAACAUAACAUUUUUACGAGUUGUAACAACUAAAAAUCCAAUCUAACCCAUAUUUCUUACGUAUUAAGAGUUUCCUAACUAAACAUCUCUUGUUCAUUAUCAUUGUAGCUAUUGGAUCAAUAUGACUAUAAUUGCAAAUAAAUUCUUCACACUUCACUCACGUGAUAAUAAGCGUGACAAAAUUUUUUAUGAGAUGGAAUUUUUUUUAAGACUAUUUGAACUAUAAUUCUACUUUAGAUGUUGUAUGAAUUCGCUGAACAGGAAUGGCUAAGGGUACCUCAAUAUCAGCUUCGAUAAGUCAGAAGAUCUAUGAUUUGAUCUUUAAUUUACUUGAAGAAAAAACUGCUUUGAAUAAGCAGAAUCUUUCAGAUGAGGAUAAGAACGAUCCAUUGAAAGGUGUUGCUCUAGCAAGAAACCUUACUAUAUCUGAAAUUGUGCAGUAUGUUCAGUUGAAGGACUUUCAGUUGAGAAGACUGAAAAAGGCAUCUUUAGAAAAGAACAUAUCGGAUAUCUUACAAAUUAUUAGAGCUGACGAGGAGUCAGAAAUUGGUGACUUACAGAAUUCUGCUCAGGUGGAUAGUGAUUUUGAUGGAGUGUCUGACAGCGAGUUGAUGGAAGUGAAAGAUACAAAUUCUUUAAACAAAUCGGUAGUAUCAAUGUGGAAUUUAAAUGAAAAUAAUGGUGAUGUGAAUAAAACUGAAAAGGUGCAAGAGAUUUCUUCUAAUGGAAAUAAAUCAGCUGAUGAAGAAAAGAAAGUACCGAAGAAAAGGUCAAAGGACAUUUCUAAACAAGUUGUAAAGAAACAGAAAUCUAAGAUAGAUCAUUCCCCUCCAACUUUGACCUUAUCAUCUUUAGGUGGAUUAGAAAGUAUUACCACGCAAUUAAUGGAAUUAAUAGGUUUACCAAUAUUACAUCCUGAAAUUUAUCAAUCUACGGGUGUGGAACCUCCACGAGGUGUUCUUUUAUACGGUCCUCCAGGUUGUGGGAAAACUACGAUUGCAAAUGCAUUAGCUGGUGAAUUGCAAGUUCCAUUCAUAAAUAUAUCGGCUCCCUCAAUUGUAUCUGGUAUGUCUGGUGAAUCUGAAAAGAAAUUACGUGAAAUUUUUGAAGAGGCAAAAUCAAUAGCUCCUUGUUUAAUAUUCAUGGAUGAAAUAGACGCAAUCACACCAAAAAGAGAUGGUGGUGCUCAACGAGAAAUGGAAAGAAGAAUAGUAGCUCAGUUAUUAACUUUGAUGGACGAGUUGACUCUCGAUAAGACUGGUGGUAGUCCUGUUAUUGUCAUUGGUGCAACAAAUAGACCAGAUUCAUUAGAUUCAGCAUUGAGAAGAGCUGGAAGAUUUGAUAGGGAGAUAUGUUUGAAUGUGCCUAAUGAAGAUCAAAGAUGCUCAAUUUUGAAAACAAUGACUCAACAUAUUAAAAUGGAGGGAGGAGAUUUAUUUAAUUUUCGAGAGUUGGCAAAAAUGACUCCUGGAUACGUAGGAGCCGAUUUGAAAAGUUUAGUAACAGCAGCCGGAAUAACUGCAAUAAAAAGAAUAUUUGAAAGCUUGAGUGAACAAGAAGAGGAACUUUUAGCAACGGCCAUAAACAUAGACUCAAUGGAUGUUGAUAGUAGUACGGCAUUUGCUCCUACUAUAGAAUCAGUUGAAACAUUCAAAGAAAAAUCAGAUUCAGAAAAAUUAUCAACCAUUCAACAAUUCUUAUUGAAGCAUCCAAAUCCUUUGACUGAUAAGCAAUUAGAACCAUUAGCUAUUAGAUACUCAGACUUUUUGAAUGCUUUACCAACAGUUCAACCAACUGCCAAAAGGGAAGGUUUUGCUACUGUACCAGAUGUUACUUGGCAAACAGUGGGUGCUUUACAUAAAAUCAGGAUGGAAUUGCACAUGUGCAUUGUUCAACCAAUUAAGAAACCAGAGUUGUAUCUUAAGGUUGGUAUUACUGCUCCUGCAGGGGUCCUAAUGUGGGGUCCACCUGGAUGUGGUAAGACUUUAUUGGCUAAGGCUGUUGCAAAUGAAUCAAGAGCCAAUUUCAUAUCAAUUAAAGGACCCGAGUUAUUAAAUAAAUAUGUUGGUGAGUCAGAAAGAGCUGUCAGACAGGUGUUUCAAAGAGCUAGAGCUUCAGUACCUUGUAUUAUUUUCUUUGAUGAAUUAGAUGCCCUUGUACCAAGAAGAGAUACCUCACUUUCCGAGUCUAGCUCUAGAGUGGUUAAUACUUUAUUGACUGAAUUAGAUGGUUUGAAUGAUAGGAAAGGUAUUUUUGUUAUCGGAGCUACCAAUAGACCAGACAUGAUCGAUCCCGCUAUGCUUAGACCAGGAAGAUUGGACAAAACCUUAUAUAUUGAGUUACCUACCAGCAGUGAAAGAGCAGAAAUAUUGAGAACCUUAGUGAGAGCUAACAAUACUCCCUUAGAUGAAUCAGUUAGUUUAGAAACGGUAGCUGAAGAUGAGAGAUGUCGAAACUUCUCUGGUGCAGAUUUGUCUUCAUUAGUUAGAGAAGCUGGUGUAACUGCUUUGAAAAAGAAAUUUUUUAGCAAUCAACGAAUAGAUCAAUUAGACGCUUCUGGUUUCUAUGAACCAGAAGGAUUAGAUGAUCAAAUAUCUGUAACGAUAGAUGAUUUUGAUCAAGCUUUGUCAUCUAUAAGUCCUAGUGUUAGCGACAAGGAUAGAUCAAGAUAUGAAAGACUAAACAAACGUAUGGGAUGGAGUAUCAUAAAAGAAGAAAAGGAGGAAGAAAAAUCAGAAAACAAUACAAACAGCAACGGUCUAUAGACGUUGGAUUUUAAAUAUAAUGUAUUAAAUUCUAUCAGAGUAAAUAUAUAUUAGAACAAAAUUACUUUGUAAUAACUAAAGUUCGGAUAAUAAUAUCGAUAAAAAGAAGCACGAGUGAUCGCUUUUUCUCCAAAUGAACAGAAUACAACGUAACCUUUUUUUUUGUGACUUUCGCUAUCCUUGAACGCAUUUUUGCGCUUGAAAAGAUAAGGAAAGAAAAAACAUGACGUACUAAUUUGGUUUAAGCUUUUUUUGCUAAAUGUUUAUGCCACACAGGUCUACGUGUAGUAGUCAUAAAGGGGUUUUG